AUCCACUCACCUCCUGUGGUGCUGAAGAACCCUGUGCUUCCUGUGAUCCUGCUCCUGAACACCCGCCACCAAGAUGUCCUGCCAGCAGAGCCAGCAGCAGUGCCAGCCCCCUCCCAAGUGCACCCCCAAGUGCCCUCCCAAGUGCCCCACCCCAAAGUGCCCCCCAAAGUGUCCCCCUAAGUGCCCCCCAGUCUCUUCCUGCUGCAGUGUCAGCUCCGGAGGCUGCUGUGGCUCCAGCUCUGGAGGCUGCUGCAGCUCUGGGGGUGGUGGCUGCUGCAGCUCUGGGGGAGGUGAUUGUUGCCUGAGCCACCACAGGCGCCGCAGGUCCCACCGUCACAGACCCCAGAGCUCUGACUGCUGCAGCCAGCCCUCAGCGGGCUCCAGCUGCUGUGGAGGAGGCAGUGGCCAGCACUCUGGAGGCUGCUGCUGAAGUGGACCCUGUGCCUAGAAGAGUGGAUUUAGAGGCAUGAAAGGGGCAACUUCAUCUUCCUUAGGACUGACUGUGUUGCUGGGACAUUUUAGUAAAGAUUUCACACUCUGUCCUGGAAGAUUCCUCUGACCUAGAAUCCAGAAAUCUGCCCUCUCACAAGAACUCAUCUUCUGACGUCUGAUUCCAUCUGUGUACCUGGCCUGGGAACACCAAAUAGAAGUCCUUGCCUCAUUCCCCUGAUUUCCUUGGCAAUCUCCAUUGUUCAUGAAACAAUAAAACAAAAAAUCUGCUCAUCA